UUUUUUUCGUCUGAAGCUACAGCAAACCAGGCACAAACGCCACCACAAACAAGAUAAGAUUGCAAGCGCGUGACGGGGUAGGUAUGAUCGCACCCGAAACAUAUCACAUCCCCACCAGAUUUGGUGCCGUAUGUUUCCACCACAUGGCCGUUACCAAUGACGGAGCAGUUCUAUUAAUUUACUGUUUGGUGUUGGGUCCUGCUGGACAGCAAGUUUCGUACGGGCUGACUUGCGAAAUUAUACUCAGUCUUUUGCAAGUCACGAUACUCUCAUCACGUAACAAUAUCUUGGGUGUUGCAAUCUUAGUGUCUUAGUUAGUAAUAGAAUUCCCGUACGUGUCACAACGCAUCAUCUGGGUGAUCAAAAUAUAACAGACCGUCAAUUGGCCGUCGCGAUUCAGUUGAUCGGGUCGACAUAGUGGACUGAAACGUACCGCCGUAGUUAUACAGUGAUCUACAACAUACAAGCACGUACUGGUGUGAAGGUGUCUCAAAAUGACUGGAGAAACAAAUACGGAAACGGUGCCCCCAAACCAGACAGCUGUUGCCCAAACAGAAACAUCGUCUGAACAUUUGUCUGCUGCUGCCGUAGAAUUGGUGCAAGAUUUAAAGUCUUCAGAGUCUCAGAACACGGCCAAGGCUGAGCAAGUUAAGGAGGCUAAUAGUGUCGAACAAAAUACAGCAGAUGAUGAUCACGAAGCGGUAUCAGAUAAGGAGGACACACCUUUAGAAGAGUGCAAAGUGGAAGAACAAAAUGCAACUGCUGCACAUGAACCGGAAAUCAAUGUCGAGGAAAAGGCAACUGAACCCGUUGCUACCGAACAAAGUUCUACUGGUGUACCUCCGACCGCCGAAGAGACUACUGAGCUUCCCGCGUAUCUUUACAAAGCGAUGGAACAGGUGGCCAGUGAGCAAGGUUUUACGGCCGGGCAAUUCAAGCUCGAGUUUGACGUUGGAUCGAACAAGGGUGACGGUUUCGUGGGCCAAAUGUUCAAAGCUUACCUUACCGAAGGUGAUCGACGGGAGGUGUUUUUGUGCAAAAUUCCACCGCUGAACGAUGCACGCCGUCGGCAGUUUAACACGAUGAUCAGCUUUGGUCGUGAAACUCUCGUGUACAAAACAUUCCUACCGGAAAUGUUUGCUUAUCAGGAGGAAAAGGGCGUUGGCCGCGAGGAAGGAUUUUUCAACGUGCCGAAAUGCUACUACGCUGAAUGUGAUGAAGCCGCCGAAGAAUCGGUCAUAAUCAUGGACGACCUGCGUCUAAUGGAUUACCGAAUGUGGGAUAAGCUGGAGCCUGUGAACUACGAACACGCUCGACUGACCAUGCAGCAAUUGGGUCGUUUGCAUGCAGUUUCACUAGCGCUAAAACGAGAUCGACCGGAAGAGUUCGAAAAGUUUAAAGUGCCAGAUUCUUUGGUGUUGCUGAUGCAUGAUCAAAGCCCCCUCGAACUUAUGAUGAAACAGAUGAUAAAUGAUGCAAAGGAAACGCUUGAACCGCACGAAACAAAGGAACGGGCAAAGAUGGAAAAGCUCGGGGAAAAUAUGCGACAGGAAAUGCUAUCGUUAGCAAAUGGCAGUUCCGCCGAACCAUACACCGUACUAGGACACGGUGACUGUUGGGUCAAUAAUUUUAUGUUCAACUAUAAGAAUGGAGCGCCAGAUAAUAUCAUCUUUCUUGACUGGCAGAUAACACGCUACGUGUCGCCCGUUCUCGAUAUCGCUUACUUCCUGUUUUGCUGCACGGACGAGGAGUUCCGACGGCGGUACUACGAUGAGAUGUUGAACAUUUACCAUAACUCGCUAGCAACGCUGCUUGAAAAGCUUGGCCACAAUCCGCAGGAAGUGUUCCCACGCACUGCGCUAGUGCGCCAGUUACGGCGUUAUGGCAAGUUCGGAAUCUUGAUGGCAGUUUUUCUAGUGCCGAUGAUGUGUACACGUCCCGAAGAUCUGCACGAUAUGGAAGACGCGGCCGAGAAGUAUCGCGAUUCGAAUGAGUUGGAUGUGAAGGCCAUAACUACUAACACCAAUAAGAGAGCUUACCAUACACGCAUGAGUACUGCAAUACGAGAUAUGGUGCGUUAUGGAUAUCUCUAGAGUGAACGCAAUCACUUCCGUAACAAUUUCGUUAUGGAAUGCGCCAAAAUAAAAGGAGCGAUUAUCGAUGAACGCAGGGAGCUUAACACUAAAUGUA